AUGGUGGUUCCUGUUGAUGAGCAAACAGACCACACUGAAUCAGAACCAAACAGGAACCAAGUCAUCUUCCAGGAAGCUGCUGAAGCUGAGAACCAAAAUCAAGAAAGACGAAAACCUUUCUCAAGUGUCAUCUGUGAAAAGCGUUUGGCUUUCAAAUCUGUUUUUGAUGCUCUUAUGAGAACUCAUACGGGUGAAAAGCCGUUUUCAUGUGUGAAGUGUGGAAAGAGUUUUAUUCAAAAACAUGAUUUAACUCGUCAUGUGAUGAUUCAUACUGGUGAAAAGCCGUUUUCAUGUGUGAAUUGUGGAGAAUGUUUUCGUCAAAAACAGUAUUUAACUAAGCAUAUGAUGAUUCACACGGGUGAAAAGCCGUUUUCAUGUGUGACCUGUGGAAAAAGUUUUAGUCAAAAACAUGAUUUUACUCAGCACAUGAAUAUUCACACAGGUGAAAAGCCGUUUUCAUGUGUGACCUGUGGAAAAAGUUUUAUUCGAAAACAGGAUUUAACUCAGCACAUGAUGAUUCACACUGGUGAAAAGCCGUUUUCAUGUGGAAAUUGUGGAAAAAGCUUUUGUCAAAAACAAAAUUUAAUUCGGCACAUUAGGGGUCACACUGGUGAAAAGCCGUUUUCAUGUGUGACCUGUGGAAAAAGUUUUAUUCGAAAACAGGAUUUAACUCAGCACAUGAUGAUUCACUCUGGUGAAAAGCCGUUUUCAUGUGUGACCUGUGGAAAAAUUUUUAGGCAUAAAUCGGCUUUAACUCAGCACAUGAUGAUUCACACAGGUGAAAGAUUCAACAACCAACCAGAACCAGGACCACCAGCAAACGGUGACCAGAGGAGCGAGCCUUCGCCGGUUCCCACACAGCAGACCGACCUGAACCGGAUCUGCAUUCUGCUGACACAUCUGGCAAACCUCUGGCAUGGCAAAUUGGAUGUCAGCCCGACUCAGGAAAGAGCUGGCAGUGAUGGCACGGUUCACAUGAGGCAUGCCUCACCUGGGCCAGAUCUGUCCAAGCCAAAUACGG